AUGAAUGGGAGAUGGAUCCUUGUGACCUCACCUGUACCAUCGCUCACCUGUUUCCCUGACAGCCCCUUUUGCAGGACCACCAGGGAAGAGGCUGACCCUCAGCGGCUCCAUCUUGGCGGUCACUGUGCACAGGCCUUCUGUGGACUCGGCUUUGCAGACAGCAGACCCAGUACCAAGGUUCCAAUAGGCCCCCAUAGCCUUGAUGUGCUGUGGCUGCUCUGGCUGCUGCUCCUGCUCCGGGAAGAUGAGGGACUCAUCAGGGACCCUGGAGAUAGCAAUUGCUCCCUGGACAUCUCCAGUGCCCAGAAGAGGGACAGAGGACAGUACUAUUUUCACCUUGAGAGGGGAGAUGUGAGAUACAGUUACAGAGAGUCUAUGCUCACUGUGAUUGUCACAGUGUUCCAUGCCUGGGGCCUGCAAACCCUCAUCUCCUGGUUCUGGGAUGCCUCGAGGGGCCCAGGGCAAAGCUUCAACACUGCAGAGAUUCAGCUCCUUCCCUGCCCCGAGGAUCAUGGCACCCACCUCAACUGCAGGAUGUCAUUCUCCAGGGAUUCUGGGACUAAUGUGUCCACAGAGAGGACCGUCCAGCUCAGUGUGGCCUACCUAGAGCCUCUAGGAAACAUUUCACAUGUGGAAGUCCAUCAAGGCGAGGCCCUACAGUUCCUUUGUACUGCUGACAGCGAGCCCCCCGCCACCCUGAGCUGGGUCCUGGAGGACCGAGUUCUCCUGUGGUCCAGGCUUGGAUCCAGAACCCUGAGGCUGGAGCUGCCUGAGGUGAAGGCUGGGGACUCAGGACGCUACACGUGCCAAGCAGAGAGAAGGCUGGGCUCCCAGCAGGGCACGCUGGCCCUCUCUGUGCUAUAUGCUCCAGAGGACCUGAGAGUGACAGUUUUCCAAGCAAAUCAGACAUUGCUGAAAACCCUCAGGAAUGACACAUCCCUUCCAGUCUUGGAGGGCCAAAGCCUACGCCUGGUCUGUGUCACCCAUAGCAACCCUCCAGCCAGGCUGAACUGGACCUGGGAGUCACAAACUCUGAGCCCCACCCUUUCUGCAGACCCUGGGAUCCUUGAUCUGCCUCUGGUCCAGUGGGAGCACAAAGGGAAUUUCACCUGCUGUGCGCAGAACCUGCUGGGUGUCCAGAGCAUCUCUCUGAGCAUCUCUGUGCACUACCCACCACGGAUGCCAGCACCCUCCUGUUCCUGGGAGGCUGAGGGUCUACUCUGCAGCUGCUCCUCCAGAGCCUGGCCCACGCCCUCCCUGCACUGGCAGCUGGGGAACAGUCUGCUGGAGGGGAACAGCAGCAAUGACUCCAUCACAGUCACCUCCAACACCAUGGGACUUUGGGCCAACAGCUCCCUGCACCUCCACAGGAGGCUCAGCACCAGCUUUGCGCUCAGCUGUGUGGCCCUGAAUGCCCAUGGAGCUCAGAGCACCACUGUGCUGCUCCUGCCAGGGAUGGCAGUGUGUCCAGCAUCCAUUCUGGCUGCUGUGGGGGUAUCUGCGGUGGUGGCCGUGUUGUUCCUGGGUGUCUGUCUUUUCUUCUGCAGAUGA